CCACCAUACGCACAAGGCAAGAAAAAGACUCAAGGACCAAACGAAUUCGAGGCAUAAUGGCUAAGCAGCUCAGGCGGGUGCGCACGCUGGGCCGCGGCGCGUCCGGCGCCGUGGUGUGGCUCGCGUCCGACGACGACUCCGGGGAGCUCGUGGCGGUCAAGUCGGCCUGCGCCGGCGGGGCGGCGCAGCUGCGGCGCGAGGGGCGCGUCCUGUCGGGGCUCUGCUCGCCGCACAUCGUGCCCUGCCUCGGCUCGCGCGCCGCGGCUGGUGGCGAGUACCAGCUGUUCCUCGAGUUCGCGCCCGGGGGAUCGCUCGCCGACGAGGUCGCCAGGAACGGGGGCUGCCUCGAGGAGCCGGCCAUCAGGGCGUACGCCGCUGACGUGGCGAGCGGGCUUGCCUACCUCCACGGGAUAUCGCUGGUGCAUGGCGACGUCAAGGCGAGGAACGUCGUGAUCGGGAGCGACGGCCGGGCCAGGCUCACGGACUUCGGCUGCGCGAGGGCCAUGGACUCGUUUGGGCCGAUCGGCGGCACGCCGGCGUUCAUGGCGCCGGAGGUGGCCCGCGGCGAGGAGCAGGGCCCGGCGGCCGACGUGUGGGCCCUCGGCUGCACCAUCAUCGAGAUGGCCACCGGCCGCGCUCCGUGGAGUGACAUGGACGACAUCCUUGCCGCGGUCCACCGGAUCGGGUACACGGACGCCGUGCCGGAGCUUCCCGCGUGGCUAUCAUCGGAGGCCAAGGAUUUCUUGGACGGCUGCUUCAAAAGACACGCGACCGACCGGUCCACUGCGGCGCAGCUCCUGGAGCACCCUUUCAUUGCCGCCGCCGCGGCCCUCGACCGCAGGCCGGAGCCGGCGAAGCAAGAACGGGCCUCUCCCAAGAGCACGUUGCAGGAGGCUUGCUGGGACUCGGACACCGACGACGAGGACGACGAGAUGCCAACCGGCGCGGCGGAGAGGAUCGGUGCGUUGGCGUGCGCUGCCUCGGCCUUGCCGGACUGGGACUCUGACGAAGGCUGGAUCGAGCUGCACGACGAGGGCUCCUUCUCCCCCGUCACGCCACCGGCCAUCGACGCGGACUACGUCUGGGCCGAAGCGUCGGACCCAGAGUUCGAGCAGUUCGCCGUCGCUGCCGAUGGCGGCCACCAUCUCCCGCGCAAUGAAGCAGAAGCGAUCGAAUCGUCCAUUAGGCAGGGCAGUUACCUGUGCGUGCAUCUAGGCCAUUGCAAAAAUAAAUUUUUACACCCGUUUGAUACCAAUGGGACUGGAUCAGUGAGAUUCAACUGUGUUUGUAACAGGAACAGAGUAAUGAAAUCAAUUUCGCUCAAAUUUCGCCUCGUUUGUGACCAACCAGUUGGUGCAUUCAAAUUUUCAUUGCGUCUCCUUUACUAA